UUCCUGCUCCAGGCUCCAAUGAUCACUGGGCAGCUGAGCAAGCCGCUGCUCUCCCUGCGAGGAGAGAUGGAAGGCGCAGAGCUGCGCGAGGACGAGAGGGCUCCCAGCCCGGACAGCGAGACUAAUGAGGAACCUCUCCUGCUGCCUCCGGAUGCCGAAGACAAGCUGUAUGGUGGCAGAGGUGGUUCAGUCCAGUCAGAUGCAAGCAGUAGCCCGUCUGAGCAGGGUCACAUGUGUCAGCCCCAUCCAGCAUACCCUGUUGGACCACAGUCUCUCUUGGUGGCACAGCAGCUGGCCUCAGCCAUGAGUGGCGUGAUGUCAGGAGGUGCGCCAGGUCUGAAUCAGCCAAUCCUCAUCCCCUUUAAUGCAGGUGGGCACCUGGGGGGACAACAAGGCCUGGUCCUCUCUUUGCCUACAGCAGCCAAUAUCCAGGGACUGGUGGCUGCUGCAGCCGCUGGGGGCAUCAUGACUCUCCCUCUGCAGAACCUGCAAGCUACCUCAUCUCUCAACUCCCAACUCCAGCAUCUUCAGCAUCUCCAACAAAUACAGCAGCACCACCAGCAACAGCAGCAGCAGCGAGAACGGGAACACCGAGAGCGAGAGCAGCAGCGAGAGCGAGAGCAGCAGCGAGAGCGUGAACGUGAACGUGAACGAGAGCAACAUUGUGGAUCAGCACACCUCCAGCCUCUCAAUCAGCUGCCACCCCAUCAUCCACUGACUCCCCCAAUCAAGUUACAAGCCACCGGUUCUUCAACAGGCGCUGCCUCCUCUUGUACCUCCUCCAGCCUUGGUUCAGUUCAGCCUUCACAAUCUCCACCUUCUCAUAAGCAGAACCAAUCACCAGCACGCAGCCUACCCUCGCCAGUCACACCUCCUCUGCCACUGCAGCUCAAUCCACUAGCCAGCCAGGCAGCAGUAGCAGCAGCAACGAUGGGCUCUAUUGCAGGAUCACAAGUGUUUGGGAAUACUGCUUUGCCGAGCCUGCAGGGCGUUACAGGUCAACUGGUCACCAAUGCACAGGGACAGAUAAUUGGUACAAUCCCACUGAUGCCAAACUCUGCAGGACCUUCUAACCAAACAGGGGGUGGGACUUCAUCUCUCCAGGUCCAGCCAAUCACGCCACAACUGCUGACCAAUGCACAAGGCCAGAUCAUCGCCACAGUGAUUGGGAACCAGAUUCUGCCUGUCAUCAAUACACAGGGAAUCACACUAUCACCAAUAAAACCUGGACAGCAGUUGUCUCAGGCUGCCCAGGCCCAGCCGCCUCCACCGGUGUCUCAGCCAGGCCUGCUGAGAAUGCCCCACAGCCAGAGUCCUCUCCGCCAAGCCUCUUCAUCCUCCUCAACCUCUUCAUCCUCAUCUUCAGCACUUAGUGUGGGGCAGCUGGUUAGCAACCCUCAAACGGCUCCGAGUGAAGUGGAUGGUGUGAAUCUGGAGGAGAUUCGAGAAUUUGCCAAAGCAUUUAAAAUCCGUCGUCUGUCUCUUGGUUUGACACAAACUCAGGUGGGCCAGGCUCUCAGUGCCACAGAGGGGCCUGCCUACAGUCAAUCCGCCAUCUGCAGACACACCAUCCUGAGAAGCCACUUUUUCCUACCACAGGAAGCCCAAGAGAGCACUAUAGCUAGCAGUCUGACAGGCAAACUGAACCCUGGCCUUUUAUAUCCUGCCAGGUUUGAGAAGUUGGACAUCACGCCAAAAAGCGCCCAGAAGAUUAAGCCUGUGCUGGAGCGCUGGAUGGCCGAGGCAGAAGCCCGCCAUCGCUCGGGCAUGCAGAACCUGACCGAGUUUAUCGGCAGUGAGCCAUCGAAAAAGCGCAAGCGCCGGACCUCUUUCACGCCACAGGCACUGGAGAUUCUUAACAGCCACUUUGAGAAGAACACACACCCCUCGGGCCAGGAAAUGACUGAGAUUGCUGAAAAACUGAACUACGACCGUGAGGUGGUGCGCGUCUGGUUCUGCAAUAAAAGGCAGGCACUUAAAAACACAAUAAAGAGGCUGAAACAGCCAGAGCUCGGGGCUGUUGCACCUAUGGACCCUCUGGCUGACCCUUUGGAAGACCAUCCAUAG